UGUAAAAGCGGUUACUUUCACUGUUUAUACAGUAAUAUCCUGUUGUUUUCAUUUACUCUAACUCAUAUUGUUGUCAAUGUCCGCGGGAAGUGAAGACCUUCGUUCUUGUGUAAUAACGAGGGUUUAGGUUGUUGGGUAACUUCGAGGACUUUUCUGAAUUUGCUCCAAAUGUCACAAAAGGAGCACUCUGAAAAUGACAUUUGGGAUUAUAAACCUCUCGAGAAGAAAAAGAAGAGACAUGAAUCAUCCUCUGCCACUGCGAGUGUCAUUAAACGGAGAUGUACAGCCAGAAAAGCCUCCAAGAAAGACACUUCUUUCUCAGACAAGUCAUCGGACAUGACAAACAAGAUACCUGACAGAGGAGAUGUUAAUACUGUUGUUAACGGACACAGCAGUGAAGAGGCAAAUGGUAUACCUUCAAAUUCAGUGUCCACUAAUGAUAACGUGCAUGCAGACGCUACAUCUGAUGGAUCCUGUGGAGAAUUCUGCCCCAUGUGUCAGAUGCCUUUCUCUAUCCUGCUGGUGCAGACACAAAGGUGGCAUGUCUCUGAAUGUUUGGACACUCCCAGGGAGAACUGCAAAGAAUGUCCGGAUGGUAUUCAGUGCUCCUCCACUAUUCCAACCCAUUACAAGAAAUUCAACCACACACUCUUGGCCCACAGCCGUGCAAACAGUGACACAACACUCCUCAGCCAGUCCCAGCAGACAGAGACCAGUUUCCCUGAGUUGAUAAAAAAUGACCAGAACAGCUCUACAUUCGAGUCUUCUCAGGACAGUGCUUUGAGCCUCUCUGCUUUAUCCAAUCACAGCGUCUCCCCUCACAAUAACCAUUCUGAAACCCCUCCAUCUAAGCCUGCAAAUGGCCUUAUGCUACUGCGCUCGCCUUGCCCUAAGGAUUUUAAGAAAAAGAAAGGCUGGUCCAGCUUACAAAAAAGCCAAAAAUCUAUCAGUUCUUCUCAAGAAAGUAGAGCAGAGCUUUCAUCCACUCCUGUCAAGGCGGAGGCUGGAACACAAGCUUGUGAACGUUUACCUGAAAAUGAACCUUCACCUGACAUGGAGGAUUUUAUAUCUUACUCUCCCCUUUCUGAGCUCCCUGCAGAGACUGAAUGUAGAAAAUUCCUUUUUGAUAAUGAAAAAUCUGAAGAUGAAGACUCAGUGAAGCUUUUCAGUGACUGUUUCUCAAGUGAAGAUGAGCUCCUCACUCAGUUUAUUGACAAUUUAGAAUCUAAAAAUGAGCAAGAAAAGAAGCCUGCUCCCUUAAAUGCACAGCUGGAGUCGGUUAUCUCAUUACCUCCAACCAAUCAGCAAGCUGCCUCUUCUUUCACAGGUGGUAAGGAAACCCUCUGUGAAUCCAACAGUGCUAUUAAGAGUAGCAUUCAGUCUCCACAAAGUAUUGUUUUAGAGCGCCUGAGAGAAACUAUUCUCAGCUCAGAUCACCUACAUUUAAAAACCCUGAACAGUGUUCAAUCAGAGCAAGCGUCCUCAUCACAAGCUUCAAAAUCUCAGAGCAUGCCGCCACAGAAAGGCUCAGCCAAGGCAGGCCAGGCCUCCAGUCUGAAGCAGACGGACAUCGGGGUGUUUUUUGGUCUCAAACCCCUCAAAGAAAAGGAGGAAAAGGCAGAGAGUGGACCAAACGGAUUCAUCGGCAACUCAGUUCCAGCUUCUGAAAACUCGGGACAGAGACGGCAGAGGAGAGAGAGGCAAAGAAAUAGGAAGGCUGACACAGCUGCAGACGUCUCACAGGCCACAGGAAGUGUGGAUAAUUAUAAAGCUGUGGAGGCUCAAGCUGGGAGAGGAAGAAGAGGAGGAUGGAGAGGGAGGUGGAACAGAGUAAAUGCUGAUGGAGAAAACGAGCCGCCACGCUGCCCCUUCUACAAGAAAAUUCCAGGAACUAAGUUUGCCAUAGAUGCCUUUCGCUAUGGAGAGAUUGCAGGAAUCACUGCCUACUUCCUGACACAUUUCCACUCGGACCACUACGGAGGGCUGACCAAGAACUCCACAUUCCCGAUUUACUGCAACAAAAUCACAGGGAACCUGGUAAAGAGCAAACUGAGGGUUGCAGAGCAGUACGUCCACAUCCUCCCCAUGAACACUGCCGUCACUGUGGAGGGAGUCAAAGUUAUCCUCCUGGAUGCCAACCAUUGUCCAGGAGCUGCCAUGCUUCUGUUCUUCCUGCCCGAUGGACAGACCGUCCUCCACACUGGAGACUUCAGAGCCGAUCCCUCAAUGGAGACGUACCCUGAGUUACUGAGCUGCAGGGUUCAGACGCUCUACCUGGACACUACCUACUGCAGCCCUGAGUACACCUUCCCCAAACAACAAGAAGUCAUCAACUUUGCAGCCAGCGCCGCCUUUGAGAUGGUAACACUCAACCCACGCACACUUGUGGUGUGUGGGUCCUACUCUGUGGGGAAAGAGAAAGUCUUUUUAGCACUCGCAGAGGUCCUGGGCUCUAAAGUUUGCCUCUCUAGAGACAAAUACAACACCAUGUGCUGUCUGGAGUCAGAGCAGGUGAGACAACGCGUAACUACUGACUGGAAAGCUGCCCAGGUCCAUGUGCUACCCAUGAUGCAACUUAAUUUCAAGAAACUACAGGAUUACCUGGCUCGCUUUUCUUCCCAAUACGAUCAGCUGGUGGCUUUUAAGCCCACAGGUUGGACUUUCAGCCAGCAGGUGGACUCAGUGCAAGACAUUCAGCCUGAGAUCAGGGGAAACAUCUCCCUCUAUGGAAUCCCAUACAGUGAACACAGCAGCUUCCUGGAGCUGAAGCGUUUCGUCCAAUGGCUUCAGCCACUGAAAAUCAUCCCGACAGUCAACGUCGGUAGCUGGGAGAGCAGGAGGGCCAUGGAGAGGUGCUUCAGUGAGUGGAUCAUGGAAACUAAAGUGAAACGGUGACUUGGUUCCUCUGAACUGUGUUUAUAGCUAACCUAAAGAUCGCCUCUUAAUACUUGAAAUGCUGCAGGACCACUAGGAACACAUUUAUUUUAACUUCACUGAUUUUAUUCAUUUUAAGCUUGCCUUACAUCCACAACUCUUAAAUUGUAAGUUCAGAGCCAGUUUAUGAUAAGAGUUCUGGUUUAGUCCUCAGUUUUAUGAUCUAAAAAGACUGAGUUUAUUUGGUGUAUUGUUUUGGAUGAGUGUCAUAAAAGUAUCAUACUGUACAUUUAAACAGAUGUAUUACCACCUCCAAUAUCAACGAUUUGUCAGGAAUACGGCAAGUGCGGUUCUUAAAAUGUGCAAUUUCCUAAUAAUCUGUAAUUUUUGUAAUUAUUUUUUUUUAUGUAUAUAAAUAAAAACAAAUGUUCUAAACAUUC